UUACUAGGACUAGCAUUUGCACGUUUUUUUGUUUUCCAAGUCCAGGUAUGUCCCAAGAACGUCAGGCAUUGCAAAAGGUAAAUUUAGAGGAAAUUAAUGAAACCACAGGUUUUUAUGUUGCUGAAGAAUACGUCUGGAAGGCUUUUGAAAAGGGCUUCCUAACAGCUGGGGAGGAUGCAGAUGGUGAUGUCAAUAGUUGGGUCGAACGUUUUUGUUCGGAGGCUGAAGAACAUGGCACUGUUUUCGACCAGAACUUUGUAAAGUCUAUUUGUACUCUUGGUAUCUAUGCAGGUCUUCGAGACGAAUUCCACCAACGCUCUGGCUGUGGCAAGUCAAUUUAUCCAAAUCGUGAUGAGUAUGAAGGUGAAUUUUUUCAGGGGAAAAAAAACGGCUCUGGACAUUACAUCUUUCUCAGCAAGGGAAAGAACGAGAUUGACAAAAUCGUUGAGGCUGAGAUUAAAGCAAUAUAUAAUGGUGAUCUUAAAAAAACAGAUGAAACUGCUAUUAGGUCAAUUGCUGAAAAGUAUCAGAUUGGGAUCCAUAUCGUUGCUGGUGUGAUUGAAUAUGGUUUUUUCCCAUGUUACCAUGGAGACUAUGCGGCUGGCAAGCGUAGUGGAUGUGGCAUAAUGAAGAACAAGGAUGCCACCAUUUAUAAGGGUGAGUUUUUAGAAAAUAAGCGCGAGGGCCAGGGCGUAUUUUAUUAUCUUAAUGGCGAUAUUUACUCAGGAAACUGGAAGGGUGGCCUAAAGCACGGCUACGGGACAUAUCAUUUUGUUGGUGGCGGUGAAUACCGAGGAGAGUGGGUGAACGGUGUAUUUACUCAAGGGCAAUGGAUUCUUCAAGAUGGAACAUACUAUGAAGGUAAAUUUGACAAGCUAAACAGACCAUUGGAUACCAACGCAUCAAUGCACUACCCUCGUAUAAAGUUGACACAAUUUGGUACAUUUAAGCGCGGUUUGUGGGCACCCACCAGCCAAUUGCAGGUGUGUGAUGAAGUUCCCAUAGACGGUAUCGCGUGGGUUGAUUAA